CCACCACAUUGAAUUGGACUUAUGGAGGGAAAAGCCGAGGCACAGGAUACCUGAAAACGACUACGUUUUUGCGCUCCCCCUCGUGCGUAUCGCCUCCUCUCUCUCCUCCUCUUCUUUGUUUCUUCUGCUAAUCUCCCUUCAAUUUUAUCGCCCAUUCUUCCCUACAAAACCCUCCAAAUCUUCUCUACUUUUACUUCUCAAAUUUUUGAUCCAGAAUUCGUUCAAUUUCGUUUAGUUUCUUUGUGUUUUUUUUGUCUGUGUGUUGAGCAAUCAUAAAUGGCCUCUUUUAGUGUUCCAUGCCCGAAGGUUUCGCCUACGUUGGUUGCUUCAUCGCAGUCGACCCAGAAACUGCAGCCCAUUGCUUCUUUUCCUCGAUCUGAUUCUAGAUCAAACCGUGCAUUGGCGACAGUAGCCCAAUUCCAGCAGGGAUGCAGUCGUCGCCAGUCAGAUGUCUUUAAGGUGUGUGCCCAGCUUAAUCAGGUUGCUGUUGAGAAGAUAUCAAAUGCUACUCCAGCUCUGGAGACAGUGCCGAUGAACAAAUCUGAAAACCAACAUGAAAUUCCAGAUGAAUCAUCUAUUUUAACUUUUAUGACCCAAGUGAAGGAUCUUGUCAAGCUUGUAGAUUCAAAAGAUAUUGCAGAGUUAGAGCUCAAGCAAAUGGAUUGUGAACUUAUUAUUAGGAAAAAGGAAGCACUGUCCCAACCAUCAAUUGCAGCUCAUUAUUCUACACCACCUCCUACUCACCAGGCUUUGCUGCCACCACAACUGCCUCCUGCAAGUGCUCCCGCUCCUGCUUCUCUUCCAUCAGCUCCAGCUUCAGUGUCACCACCUGCACCAUCAAAACCAAAGUCAUCACACCCCCCAUUUAAAUGUCCAAUGGCUGGAAACUUCUAUCGUUCCCCAGCUCCUGGUGCACCACCUUUUGUGAAGGUUGGUGAUAAGGUGCAGAAAGGACAGGUAAUAUGCAUCAUUGAGGCCAUGAAACUGAUGAACGAGAUUGAGGCUGAUCAGUCUGGCACUGUUGUUGAGAUACUUGUAGAUGAUGGGAAACCUGUCAGCGUGGAUAUGCCGUUAUUUAUCAUUGAGCCCUGAGGAACCAAGUUGAUCGCCCGUGCAGAACAAUCACCGAAGUUAUAAAGUAUGAAUUCUUUGGUCCUUCUGAGCAAAUUAAGUAUGAAAAUAGGACAAAGUUGUUUUUACGAUUAUACUGUUUGACUCAUAGUAAUCUUGGUACUUAUGAAUUCAGAACAAUAAAUAUUUUUGCAAUGAGAUAUUGGUGGUUAUAGUAUUGACUAUGGCCUCUCUUUA